AUGCCACCAAAGAAGCAGGUUGAGGAAAGGCCGGCGUUGCUCGGACGCUUGGGCACAAAUCUCAAGGUUUCCCCAUGAAAAUCGAAUAAAAAGCCAAAAAUGUCGAUGAUUAGGUCGGAAUUCUGGGUCUUCCGAACGUGGGAAAGAGUACGUUCUUCAACGUCCUCACCAAAUCCGAAGCGCAGGCCGAAAACUUCCCCUUCUGUACUAUUGAUCCCAAUGAGAGUCGUGUAAGUUUCGAAUUGGGGGAAAAAAAAAAUAAUGGUUUUUUAUUUUAAAUCGUCUAAGUCGAACUAAAAAUCGUUAGUUUCCCUUGUUACUGUUAAGGGAAAAUAGGAAAAGGUGUAUAAAAAAUCCGUGAUGAAAUAUGGUCCGAUUUGGUUCAAAGAGAUUUUUCUAUGACGUUUGAAAAGAGGUGACGUGGAAGAUUCACUGAAUUUUGUCAUUAUUCCUGUAUUUGUUUUAAAAAAAAGAUCUCGUUUUCAUUAGGCUGCUUCUAAAUGUACCUUGAGACGUAUCAAAAUCACAUAAUACAGUUUUUUUCUCAAAGCUUUUCGUAUUCCUUUUUUUCAUUGAAAAAAUUUAUUUGAAGUUUUUUUAGAAGAUCCUCGCUCUAGCUGAUGUAUUAUUUUUUCAAAAAGCUGUUUUUUCUAUAGCCUGUGUACCACGACUUUGAAUUUCACGGAACGGCAUUACGCUGUGCCGCUGCGCGCCUUUGCGUACCUUGGUCGCGCUUCAAGUUUUUUUUUUAUUAAGGUACUCUGCUUUCAUGUGCUCCCACAGCAAUGACAAUCAUUUGAAAGCGUGACCUAGAUUCGAAAGACGCUUCGCGAACACAAGCAGCGGAACAGCGGAAUGUCGUUCCGUGAAAUUCCAAGUAGUGGCACAUAGACUAUAUCGAUAUUCUCUUCCGGGCAAAACACAAAAUAUCCUCAGAAGAUUUUGUUAAAAAAUAUCUUUUGAAGGUCCCCAAAAAGUCUUUUUCAUUUCACGUUUGCAUCGUUUUCCCCAUUCUUCAAGGUUUUCAUUUCUGAGCUUUUACCGGAACCUUUUCAGCACCUUUUGAAGUCCUCAAAAAAGUAAAAUGAGGAAGUUUUCCAUAUUUUUUUAAAGAAUUUUUAUUAUUAGGUAGCCGUGACGGACACCCGGUUCGAUUGGCUGGUCAAUCAUUACAAGCCGGCGAGCAAAGUUCCGGCUUUCCUCAAUGUCACAGAUAUCGCCGGUCUUGUCAAGGGUGAGGAAAUGAUAUUAAAAUAAUUUGAAAAUGAUUCAUUUUCGUCGAUUUUUCGUAUUAUUUAAUUAAAAUAGAAACAUUUUUUUUUAAUUCUGGAAGUUUUUUUUGUGCGCUUUUUCCUCAAUCAGCGGUAUUUAUGGAAAUAUAAAGUUUUUGCAAUAAUUUUUAUUUUUUUGAAGGAGCUUCGGAGGGCCAAGGACUCGGAAACGCUUUCCUGUCCCACGUCUCCGCCUGCGACGCACUAUUUCACCUGUGUCGAGCCUUCGAUGACGAUGACGUCACUCACGUCGAGGGUUAAUCGCAAAUUUCACUAGAAAAUGAAAUAUUCAUCCAUCGAUUUUUAAAGUGUAUGCCUGAGUCUUUGCAAGUUAGAGAGCGUUGAAAAAUGAGAUAACAGACGCUUUUUUUCUUUAGACGCCCUCUUGUUCACUAGUGCUCCCUUGCCUUCGAAGACUCAAUUUUUAUAGUGAAUUCAGUUUUUUUUUCAAGUUGCGUCAAACAGAAAAGUAAGGAACCUAAAGCUUUCAUUUGAAUCGAAUUCGGGACAAAGAUCUUGUUACUGAACUUUUUUGAAAAGCAGAAAUAAAAUAGUUGUUGAGAAACGUAUGAACACCUUUUUCAGAAAGGGAAACAUUUCAAAAAUAUUCUAAAGAGUUUUUUGAAUUUGUUCAUGGAAUUAUUCAAAAUUAAUUCUUUAGAACCCUUUGCACAUGUAAAAUAUUGAAUUUUCAUUAGAAAUUUCAGUCAUUUUCAUAGUUUUUUUCUUUUUCUGAAGUUUUAGAACUGGACAGUGUUUAUUGUUUCAACUUGUUUACUGUUUUUUUGGAUGUUAAUUGAGUUCAUGUUAUUUCAAAAGAAAAGUUAUCUAAGUUCGGAAACGCUGAAAUUCCUAGAUUGUAGUAAAACUCGUGAUAACCUUUACCAGUAAUAUAUAGAAAAAAAUAUCAUAAAUCGUUUAUAAACUGGAAAAAAAUUUUUGAUUCGUUUGAUUCAAAAAAAUCGAAAAAGAGUCGAGUUUUUUUCUGAACUGAAAAAAAGUUGUAUAGGUUUUUUUGAUUAAUUAUUCAUUUUAUCAAGUUAGUAUUAUUUUUGGUUAUUUUUUUGAUAAUUUUUUUCUCUUUCUAUUUCUUUUUUAUUUCAUGAAGAAGCUUCUAUUCGAUUUUAAAGUUUUUUUUCAAGAAUUUUUUUCAAAAAUAUUUUUUUCACUUCUUUCCACGAGAAGCUUCUAUUAUAAAAUUGAGCUUUCUGAGAAAAGUUUUUAAAUUUUUGUUUUUCUUCACUUUUUAGGAAUUUUUUUCAGUUUUUUUAUCUUUCUAAAAAAAACUUUUGAAAUAUUCCUUUUUCAGGAGAAGUCAACCCAAUCCGUGAUCUGGAAAUCAUCAGCGAUGAACUUUUCGCCAAAGACAUGCAAUUCGUGGAAGGACCCCUGGAUAAAGUUGAAAAAUUGGUCACCAGAGCCAAUGACAAGACCAAAAAGGUUUCAGAAAAUUGUAAAUUUAAAAAUAGAAGUAAAAAUAAUUUUUGAAACGUAUGGAAUUCAAAUGAAGGGGAAAAAAAAGCAUAAAAGACGCAAAAACUCAUUUUUCAGGUUGAAUUCGACACUUUGGCCCGCGUGAAACAGUGCUUGGUCGAGAAAAAACCGAUCCGGCUGGAGGCUUGGAACGAGAAAGAAGUUGAGGUCAGAAUAAUCAAAAUUAGGAAAAUAGGUAGAAAAUUUGGUUACAGGUUCUCAACAAGCACCUGUUCUUGACGGCGAAACCAAUCGUCUACCUGGUCAACUUGUCCGAAAAGGACUAUAUCAGAAAGGUUAGGGGCAGAUCGAGUUUUGAAGAAUCCCGCGCGAAAAUCAGAGUUAAAGCCUUGAAAAAAAUUAUUUUAUUUUCCGUUUAGAGAAGGAUGGUGUUGGAAAGGUUAUAAGGAAUAUCCAGUUUUGAAGAGUUUGGGGUGAAUGACCAUUAUUAAUGCCCAAAAAUUAUUAUUUUCCAUUCAAUAUAAGAAUGUGUUAGUGAGGUUAUAGGGAUAUUUAAAUUAAUUCUGAAUUACCAACAUUAAUGCUUCUAAUUUAACAGAAAAAGAACUAAAAUUUAACAAAUUCGGAAAGCAAAAUAACGAGCGAAAAAAACGGUUCAAAUUUUAAAAAACUUUACAUUAUUUUUCCUCUAGAGAAGGACUAUAUCAAGAAAGGUCAUAGGUAUAUCAAACUUUAAAUAAUUUCGUGUAAAAGACAAGGCUUCGAAACUUGAAAAUGAGGGUCCAGAUUGAGAAAAAUUACAAAUUUGGCACUAUUAUGCGCGAAAAGUGGAUUGAAAAGUGGAAAAUCUAAAAAUUGGAUUCAUUCUUCUCUCUCUAUAUCCCAAAAAGUUAUAAGGAUGUCGAGUUUUGAAUAAUUUGACGUUGAAGAAUAUCCAUUAAAGCCAAGAAAAUUGAGAAGAUCCAGAUUUAAAAAAAUCAACAGUUUCCUCAUCUUUAUCUCGGAAAAAGAUCUCAGAAAACAAAAGUUUUUAUUUUGCACCCUAUUUAUUCAAAAACUAGUUCUUCGAAAAAGAUUACAAAGGAAAUUUGAUUGAGACCGCCUUUCUUAUUUUUCCCUAUGAAAGAUCAAUUUGCAAGGUUGAAAAUCGGGGAGCAUUAGAAAAAAGUUGGUAUGCGCGAAAAAAUUGAUUCAGAACAGAAUAAUCCGAAGAUUCGAAAAAAAUUUCUAACAAUUUUUUCCAUUUUUCAAUCAAAUAAUCGCCGAAAAGCUGUGGUUUGUGAAUUUUGAAAUAAACUCGUUUUUCUGUCCAGAAGAACAAGUGGCUGGCGAAGAUCAAGGCCUGGAUCGACCUCAAGGACCCCGGAGCCGUCCUGAUCCCGUUCUCCGGAGCUUUCGAGCUGAAACUCCUCGACAUGCCCGAAGACGAACGGGAGAAGUACUUGAAGGAGCAGGAGACCAGCUCCAACUUGGACAAGGUCAAUCGAAAAGCUGGAAUCUUCAAGAGAAAAGGAUUUUUAGAUCGUCCACACUGGUUACAAGGCUCUCCAGUUGGAGUAUUUCUUCACGGCCGGCGAGGACGAGGUCAAGGCCUGGACUAUUCAGGUAAUAGUUUGAUAAGUUUUGAGAAUUCAGGGGUUCAAUAUAAGGCAAACAUUGUUUUUUUAACAGUAGGAAGAACAAAAAAAUACCUAUCAGAUUCAAGGAAAAAGAGUUUUUUUAGAAAAUUAGGGUUUAAGCUGGACUAUUUAGUGACCUAUUUUAAAAAAAUUUAGACUAUAAUAAUACUCAGUUUUAAAGACGCAUAUAAUUUUUCCCCUCAAGAAAUUAGAAUAAAAAAAUUCUUUUUUUGAAGAUCUAAAAGCCAACAUUAUUUUUUUGAUAAAUUUGAAAAAUUGAAUCGUUUGAAAAAUAGGGAUGUUUUCGAAAAUUUGACAUAAUAGCUUUAAAAAGUUCUUCUGAAAUGCCAGUUUCAGGGGUAAAAAAACGCUUCCUAGUUAGAAAAUGAAAGAGGACAUUGUUUGCGGGUGUUUACUCUCAAUUUUGUUAUUCAAAAUGGUCGAAAUGGGGAAAUAAUUUAUGGAAAGCUGCGGAAUUCAAUAACUAUACAGCGAAACAACUUUUUGAUCUUUUCAAUUUCAAAGAAAACUCCGAAAAUAAAUUAAGAAUAUGGUUGAGAGGAAAAACUGUAUUUCAGAAAGGAGCGGUCGCUCCAAAAGCCGCUGGGCGGAUUCAUACUGACUUCGAAAAAGGAUUCAUUAUGGCUGAAGUCAUGAAAGUCUCUGAUUUGAUGGAACUCGGGGACGAGGCCAAGGUUUGUUUUGAGAAAAAUGAGAAGAAUUUUACUCCAAAGAAGGAAAAAAUAGGUUCCAGUAUUGAAUUUGUUUGAAAAAUUGAUUUUUUUAUCAGAAAGUAUCGUUACUAAAAUAUUCGUCAGGAAUUUUCUGAUACUUGCAAAAUGUCCGGCUUAGACUUUUUUUGAUAAGAGAGAACCUGUAAAUGUUUUCAAAAUGGGUUGAACUUUGAAACUUCCAAUUAAAAAAAUGAAUCAAAUAUUUACUUACAGUUGGAAAAAAAAAUCUUCUAAGAAACUUUGGGCAUGGUUAUUGAAAAAAAUUUAUUAUACGGGCAAAAAAAUCCUUAUUUUUUGUGAGUAAAAAAGUAAAUUACUUCCUAUAUUUUCAUUUUUCAUUCAUUCUAUGACUUCUUGAAGACGGAUUCUUAAAAAAUAUUCAUCAUAUGGAACCGAGCUUUUUGGUUCAUUCAGUUUUCAAUUUUUCCCUAUAGUUUCUCAUAUAAUCCGUUGCGUGGGGGAUAAUCUGUUCGAGGGAUUUUCGAAGGAAAAAAAAGAAGUUCAGACGGCUUUUUUUCUCCCUUUUUUCGCUUUUUGUUUGAACGUCGUCAUUUAUCAGAUCUGAAGGACUUCUUGACGGUUUUUUUUUCUAAUUUUGGAGGCUUUUGAUGGGGCAGAGGGUCAUUUUGAAGGCUUUUAUUGAUGAAAAGAGAGUUUCUUUUUUCAAUUUUUGAACAUUUCAUUAUUUUUACUUUGAAAAUGAGAUGAAAAAUAUGUUUUAUGUUGCUGAAUAGGUUUUGAGACAGAUUUUUGAAAAAUGCGAGUGUUUGUGAAAAGAGAUAUCUGAGAUUAUUUUGUCUUUCCGGCGUUCUUAGGAUUUUGGCUUUCUAUAAAGUUCGAGACUUUUUUUCCCGAUUGUUUUCCGCGAUAAAUCUCGGGUCUAGCAAAAAAAGUGUGAUGCUUGGCCGAGAAAAACUUCCUAAGCAUCUUGGACUGUAAUUUUUUUUCCUUUUUGACUGAUAAGUAGAAAAAUCGAAAAAUUUUUCAAAUGUCUUGGCAAGUUUCCAUUUCUAUUCUUUUUUUUUAAAAUGCGCAUUGCCUCGGUUACUUGAAAAAAACUUCAAAAAGAUGCUUGCUCGCUUUGGAAUCCCUUAGCAUGAUAAGAAAGUCGCUCAAGGUCGGGCGCAGCUCUAGGAUUAGUUCCAAACGAAAGAGCGGCUCACAAGUAGUAUUAUUUCACCGUUUGCUCAAGAAUUUUCAAAAAAUUGGUCGAAAAAACUUUGAUGAUCUAGAUCAAGCUCUUGAAAAUUUGAAAAAAAUCCUUUCAGUCAUAAAUAAAACCAAAAAUCUUUAUAAAGGGUCUUUCUUCGAGGAAUUGUUUUCUAAAAAUUGUGUAGGUUGAGACUUUCAGAAUCUUCAUCUGAUUCAUCAGGGAGAAUUCUGGCCAAUUUUUCAAAAAAAAUCUAACUCAAAAAGAUAAAAUGAACUUCUUCGUCAACCUUAGCGUUUUUGAACCAUUUCAUGCUUUUUCCGCAAAAUAUUCAUAGAAAAAAACAAUUUUUUUAUUUUUUUAUAAUUUCGUCUCGAAACGGAAACGUUCUGUCAAUGCCCAAAAAAAUGGUGCAAAAAAACGGAAGAUCAUUUAUCUUCUCCUUUCCUGCUGGAAACAAAUCAAGAGACUUUCUCGGCGCCGCCCUUCUUCGUUCCAUUUUUGGAAGACAUUCGACCUGCCUAUCAUCAUCUUUCUACUUCGACCGCGAUUUUUGUUCCUUGGCGUUUCUUGUCGAUGGGGCGGAACUGUCUUAUCGGCGUUUUUGCGUUGGGAAUCGCUUGAUUGUGUAUUGGUGUUGGAGUUGGCGUUGCAACUUGGAAAAAAAAAUUCGUUCGGAUGAAAGUUGAAAGAUUAUUCUCAUUGAUCAUUCACAAAGAAGGUCAUUUUAUUUCACUUGUGGGAAACUACCUAAAACUGACCAGAACACUCCUUGAUUAACCAGAUGAAGAUCAUGAAAGUCUCAACCUGCGAAGCUCCUUAUUUUUUGAAAAAGGACACUCAAACUUGAAUAAUACCCUCGAAAUAUAUUAAAAUAGACAUGUUUUUUUGGAUUUUUCACUUUAUUUAUCAAAAAAACUAGAAAUUGGUGCAGGUCAAGUCUUUCAGAAACUUCUUUGGCACAUCAAAAAGUGAGCUAGCCGACUCUCAGGGAAUUCCCAACCACGAAAAAUCCCCCAACCCCGUCAGAAUAUUUUUUUGACUACCUCCGCUUUUUCGAAAGUUCGCUACAUUCCAUUUUAUUUUAAAAUAACUCAUGUUAAGCUAAUUUUUUUCACUCUGUGAUUUUUCUGAUACAUACCUGCUAAAAUGGAAUUUUUGCUUCAAAAAAACUUUACUGCUGAAAUCUUCAUUUAUCUUAGUUACGAAGGGAAAUGGUGAAAAAAAUCCAUCAAAUAGUGAAAAUUUAAAAAAAAAAUCAAAAAUCUGAUUUGCUUAUUUUUUUAAAAAUUUUCACAACAGAGUUUGUCUCGAAGCUUCAGAAAUUCGAAAAAGCUGGGAGAAAAGUUGACUCGGAAAGUUCUUUGAAAUUUAAGAAACCUCAAACUUUAGUGUUGGGACUUCAAAGCGAACGUGAGCGUGUCGUCAAGUCGUGUGUAAUAAUUCGGUCGUUUUGAGCCCCCCAAUAAGAAAUUAUUAUAAGCUGAACGCUUUUUUUCUGUUGGUUUUUCUUAAACUUCAAUCUUUCUUUGCUUGGAAAUGUGAUUAGGACUCAAAAAAUACCUUAAAUCUUGGGCCGGUUGAGAAAUAUAGUUUGAGAUUUUCUAGUUUCUUUUUUUGGUAAUUUUAACUUGUAACUAAGUAAUCUAGAAGAAAAAAAUUCAUCGGAUAUAAUUUUUUUGAGCGCACGAAAAAAAUUUUUCAUUCUUGAAUCCCCCGAAAUAAUUUUUUUAUAAUGAUAUCCGCCUUUCUCAAAGAUUAAAUUUGAGCGUGUGAAUUUCCUUUUUCCAUUUGCGAGUAUUUAUGGCUUUAUGGAAAUUUUAUUUGCCGAUGGGAAAGGUGGGAGAUUUAUUUAUUCGAGAUUAAAAACAAACAAAUCUGACUCAAAGUUCUCAGGAAGAAUGGAAGAAGGUAUUUUUAAAAGAGUGCAAAAACUAAGUCCUGCCUUCAAAAAAAGAGGCAGAAGCCCAGGAACUUUCGAGAUUUGUUUAAAUUUUUCAAUCGAAUAUAUAAAUAUUAGCCCAAAGAACAUCGUUUUUCGGUUCAAAGGUAGUUAUGAGUCAACUGUAAAGCUGAUGUUUGAUUUGAAAGGCUUUAUCAGAUUAUCGUGCCCAAGAAUGGCUUGAAUCAGAUUUUUCCAUUAUCUUUUUUUCGUUGGUGAUAUUUUCUCGUGAAAAUGAGAUUUUUAAAUCUCAUUUUGCUUGAGUAAUUUCAAGGCAAAAGAGCGAAGUUUGAAGAUGGAAAGAAAAAAAAAUGUAAUUUUACUGAGGAAAAGGUUAGAUAUCGUUUUUUUGGACUUUUUGUAUUACACAAGGAGAUUAUUUUCCGUCCCAGAAUAGGUUAACCUAAAUUUUUAAAUUUUUUUCUCGUUGAACUUUCAAAAAGUCGUUUUUUUAAAUAUAUGUAUAUGAUGCCGUGGCAAAUUUUAUUUAUCUUUUCCUUUCACUGAAGGCUAUUUUGCAUUUCGCGGAAUAACUUUGAACACGUCUUGAGAAAAAAGCUUAUUCGAACUUGGAAAAAAAAAUCGGAUCUAUUUCAUAAUUAUCUGAAACUUAUAAUAAGUUAGAAAUAUUCUAUUUAUUAGAAACAAUAGAAUUUAAUAAAAUUUCAGUCAAUUUGAAGCAAAGAUCGAUCUGAUCAGCUUUGCAAUCAUUAUUUAGAGUAUUUUUUUAUUGAAAAAUUAUUUUUUUCUUUGAAAUAGAGUCUUAAAUAUUUCCAACUAGGUCCAAAAGAAAUAUGUUUAUAUUCAAUGCUUUUCUAUCUGAUAAAAGAACGCUUUCAAAAGGUUUUCGUGCCAUAAAUGCCACUGUAAAAUCCCGAUUGCUUUUUGAGUCACUAUGAAUAGGGCGCCGCGGCGGCGGGGAAUUUUUUCUGAUGUCCAAAAAAAUUUUAGUACGAUCUUGUCGUUUUGGAGCUUGAUUUCAAUUAUCAGCGGGUACUUGAUUUUUUUUUGUGAAAAAAAUAAGUUUUUCAACUGAAACUCAUUAAAAGUUCUCAAGUUGUACACUGUGAAUAUCAAAUUCUUUAAUUUUCGAUUUUGAGAACAAAGAAAUUGCGAAAUCUCGCUGUUCUUUUGAUCCGCAAAUCUCCUUUUCUUCGGUUUUUUUUUAAUGAAAAUCCUUCAUCUUUUCAUUUUUCCUUUCAAAAAAGUUAAGCUCUUAUAAAUGAAAUCAUUUCUUCUUUUUUUCUCAACCAGAAACAAAAAAUAUGGUCUUUAUUAGGAAUUUCUUGUAAGAAAUGUCGAGCUCAAAAAGAUGCUUUUUUUGCCUCUUAUUGUUUCCAUCUGCCUUCUAAAGGUCUUUUGUUAAAAUUUUUGGUUUCCACACAAUGAAAAGAUUUUUCCCUUUCGCUAAAACGAUGAUGGAAAAUUGAAGAGAAAUUGGUAGUUUUUCUUGGUUGGCUUAAGAUUUUUUUGGACAUUGAAGAAAAAUUGUAAGAAUUUAAGAAAAAUUUCGAAUUUUUCUUUGAAAAAUUAAGCUUCAGAUCUAUUUUUUCGAUAAUUCUCUGCAGAAAAAGUACGAUUUUUCUCCGAAUGGGUUGAUAGUAGCUUUUUGUAGCUCCAAUAUCAGAUUUUUUGUACUUUUUAUAAAUUUGUAUAGGUACGAACUUUUUAGUUUGAACUUUUAGUAAAAACUAGCCCUUCUAAUAUCUUUUUGUAGUCUAUUAACGUGACUUUCCAAGAAGUUUAGCUUAUGGGAAAAAGGUGCAAUAAUUUUCGAAAAAAACCUUAUUCAGAAAUCGCUCUGAUUAGGUUUGAGAAAAUUAAAUUUGGGAUCAUUUUUCUACGGAUUUCAGGUUAUUCCAUUUUAUAAAAAAAUGUAGAAAAAAAGAAAAAAAGUCACUGAAAAUCAAGGAUCUUGAAAAUGUGUUCCGAGUAAUUAGAAGAAACGAGUUAUAAUAAACUGGAAACUUGAAGAAUUACAGAACUGGAAUGUGAUUUUCAACAACCAAAGUUCACGGUUAAUUAAGGGUUAAUUGUUCCCUGUGAUAGUUUUUUGAGAAAGAUUCUAAUUUUUUAAAAAUCAAUGUGGUUGGUUGGUAACUGAUUUAGUAGUGUAUAUAUAUAUGAGCUUUUUUUCUUUGCGAAUCAAAAAAACAUGUUCAAAGUUCAAGUUCAGUUCAUGUAGCCCAAAAAAAGAUUUUCUAGAGAAUGUAUGAAACAUAUAUCUGAAUGGACAAUUUCAAAAAAAUUAAUUUUUCAAGCUUAUUGGAGUCCAAUAGAGCAAAAAAAUGAAAGUCUGAAAUGAUUUUUAUGUUUUUCAAAAAAAAUAAGCCCGAUCUAUAACUCCAGUAGUUCUAUCGUGAAGAUGAGCGAUUACUGUAUUAAUUAUAUUUCAGAUUUGUUUAUUUUUGUCAAUAGAGCGCGAAUUCUCGCUAGAACUUGACAUAAUAAUUCUGGAAAUUUUGACCUAAUUUUCCUCUAGUUUUUUCUGUACUCUUUUUCUAAAAGUUUGAAAUUUCAACCAAAAAAUCAACAAGCUACAUAAUUUCCCUCAUCAAAGUUCCCUGUUUCCGACCAAUUAAGAUUCUUUCUGAGGUAUAAAAGUCCCUUGUUAACUGCGAAACGAUCGUCGUUUUGCGUCCUUUCCGCGGGGUCGUUGGUUGGUUGGUUCGUAAGUUUGUUGUUUGGAGAGCCGCGCCUCCUCGAAAAGAUUCUCAAACAGGCCGGCCCACAAACCGAGGAGGCACGCCCGUUUCGCUCGCCCAGCCAACCGCCGCCGCCAAUCCCUCCUCUCUCAACCGCCUCCAGCCCUCGUCGGUCCCUCCUCUUCGGUUUUUCCGUCGACGUCGACGAAAGUCUUCUUCUUCUCCUUCUCGUCUUGUUUUCCGUCCCCAUACUACCGCCUCAAAAACUCUGCCCUCUCUCCAAUUGACGUUCUCCCUCACCCACCGCGCUAUCUCUUAUUGCGCUCGUCGUGAAAAGCGAGGCGGUCGCCUGGGCGGCGCGAGAGAAAAACCAGCCCAUAGGCCUUCGAGACACCAUCGAUCGAUCACAUGAACGCCUCUCAACUUUUUCCGCCCCCCUCAUCGAUUUGAACUUUUUUGGCAAGGUUCAGUAGAGAUUUUGAGCGGAGAUUUGGCUUGAACCGGGAGUUCCCGUGUAUCCCGAGCUUGAAACGACAUUUUUGAGAGCUCAAGGAAGAAAAUACCAUUUUUGGGAAGGUUCGAAGAAGAUUUGAGCUUGGAUAGACAGUUAUGGUUUUUUGGGGAAUAAAUGGAGCCUUGAAAAGCUCAGGAAAAGCAUUGGAAGGAGCAUAAAGCGAUUUCGAGUGGAGAUUUGAUACGGAUCGGCCGUUUUUGCAUCAAAGAUAAUUUUUAAAAGUUCGCAUGGGAUUCUGGAUUUUUUUUUUGGAAGGUUCAGUGAUUAUGAGUGGAGAUUUGACGCGGAUCGGCAGUUUUUGUCUUUUUCCAGAUGAAAAUGAAUCGUCUUGGGCUUGGAUAAUCAGUUGUAUUACUCCAAAAGUCUCUGACUUUGACCUAACUUCUAAGCUUCAACUCGAAGUUAUACUCCUAAAAUCGAGCAAUGAUCCGAAAAGAAGUGACUUUGAUUGAGAGUUACACAAUGAUCCAAAACAGAUACCUUUCUAGCUGAAUUCAGGUCUGAUUCGAAAAAUAUGAACCAUUUAGCAUGUAGCUUACAAAGUUUAUAUUCUUAUUCACAAUAAUAGCAAUUUCCCGCAUUACCUAGAAAAUAAAUCAAGAAAAUAAUAUUUGUGUGCAAUUUGAAUCAUUUUUUUAAAAGAGAAACGUCAUGCUGGUUUUAGUGGAGUUCUCAGUUUUAUUUCUGAUAAUUUUGGGUUUUUAAACUCUAAAAGAAACUUGAUUUGUGGUUUUGAUGGGCUGGAGAUUGUUAUCUCUGAGGAAUAGUUCAGGUGUCAAUCAUUUUUCAAAAUUUGCUCGAGAAAUUCUACGUGUCAAAUUGUCGAUUUUUAUGAAGAUAAUUUGAAAUUUCUGGACUCGAUUUUUCUCUUUGAACCCCAUAGACAGGCUUGAACUUGGAUUUGACGUCUUCUUUCCUCGAAGAAAUUAAUUAAAUCAUCGAAUAAAAAGUUUAUGAUUUUCAGGUGAAAGCUGCUGGAAAGUACCGACAGCAGGGCAAGACGUACGUCGUGCAGGACGGCGACAUCAUUUUCUUCAAGUUCAACGCCGGCGCUGGACUGACGGCCGCCAAGAAGAAAUAA